AUGAUAAGAAAAGAGGCACCUACAACCCUGUCCACCCUGCAGGGUGGUGAUCACACCAAGUGUGAGGAUGGAAAAAGGGAAGGUAAUGAUAACUACAGGGAGGAUGACAGUACGAACAGUCUUAGUUGUGAGGGUGCCUACAUCUCGGACAGCUGCGAAGAUGAUUCCACGUGCGCCUCCUCCAUUGGGAAAAGCGUGCACAUCAUAAACGCCAGUUUCAGUAAAAUAAAAAAAAAGCUGAAUGAUAUAAAUAAAGCCAUUCAUUUGGAUAUCGACUCGGGGGGAGAAACGGGUGACGAGUUUAUCACCCAAUCGGAGGACCAAUCGGACGGAGCAACCCUCUCCAGUGACGACAGCAGCAUAGUGAGGACGUUCAACGCUUCAAAUGGCAACGGCGAAAACAAUGACGAUGAAGAAAGUGAGGACAGGAAAAGGAGCAAGCAAUUGCAGCUACUACUGAACAACGUAAUAAACACCAAGUUGGAAAAAAAAAAAAUUGCCACCCUCGAUAUUAUUGAUGAAUGCAUAUCUAUGAAGGAGCUUUACAACUCCAGUGGGGAAAAGAGGGAAGAAGACAACAACUGUGCGUUCCUUGUGGAUGGGGUGCCCCGGGGCAUCAGCUACGCACAGAGUGUGGACAUGCACAAGGUUGAAAAUUUAGACGAUCUGUUAGAAGGCAUGGCGGCGUAUGAACCGGGGGGUGAUUUUGCCGUAGACUCGGACACGCCGACCGACUUCGAUGUGGUGAACUUGAAGGACCCGAAUGCGGUUAUCAGUGAAGACGAAGCGACAAGCGAGGCUGGCUCCGCGGAACCUUCAAAGGAACACACCUCCACGGUGAAGCGAUUAACUGACUGUCUACACAAUUUUAAAGACAGCAGAUAUUAUAGAAAGGACAUACUGACCUAUCCAAUAAAAUUUUUUUUAAAAAAGCAGCAACACUUUGUCCAACUUUUAAGGAGAAAAAAGAAGCUCUUUUACUGUAUGCUGCACGUUUGCUUUCUCUUUUCUUACCUUUUCUUUUGCCUUUCAUUUAUCCUUUGUAAGCGUGCCAUUUAUGGCAUGUUUUACGACCAGGACUUGUAA